AUGCAAGUGGAAAAUGAAGAUAUUCCUCACUCUCCCUCCGAGCCUGAAGUGGAGGAGAUUCAUCAUUCUCCCAUAGCUUAUGUAGCUGAUGAGCAUGAUAAUCAGAAAGCAAAUGAUUCAAAAUCUUCUCGAGAGAAUGAUGAUGAUGAUCUUUAUGAAGAUGUGGAGUUUUUGAAAGAAAUCGACUUUACAGGAAUCAAUGACGACAUUCCAACAAACAUAGAGUUUGAUUUCGGUGAUGAAGAUUUUGAUCCUUUUCUUGAUAUUCCCGGCAGCCGUGUAAAUAAAGUCAAUGAAGUUGCUUCUUUAGCAACCAAGACUAGAGAUAAAGGAAAUUUUCUCAAAAUUCUGCUCUCUACCUCAAAGCCCUUGGAGAUCACAACAAGCCAAGGAGAUGUGACAUCAGAGAUUCCUCCCUCUGUGUCACCUGUCUCAACAUCAGCUCCAGUCAUUUCUGACUUAACUGAACCUCAGACUUCGAUAAGAACAAGCCAAUCUCUUGAAAGUCUGGAGGUACUCUCUGUAACAUGUGCUCCUCAAGUUAUUUCAACAAUCACUGCAACCUCUGCUCACUCUCCUCCAAAGCAGACUGAUGAAGGUCCAAGUACCAUGUUCGAGACUGGUGGAUCCUCUUCCAUUCCAGAAUAUUCUCCAACUCGACCUUCUCUAGAUGAAGCUUCUAUCAGAUUAGUAAAACAUCUGGCUCAAUCUAGUCUAACCUCUUCACGAGGGAAAGGAAUAUCAUUUAACGAGGGCCAGACAGAUGAUGACAAAUCCUCUUCGUCUGAUCUCCGAGAGGAAAUUGGAAUUCUCCGCCAACAACUCAUUGAAAAGUCAAUUCAAAUGGAUCAGCUUUCUGCACAUAUUUUUGAGCUCAGGGCAAAGGAUGAAGAAAAGACCAAACAAAUCAAUGAUCUACAAACGAGUCUUGGAUCUGUUCUAGCUAAUUAUUUCAAUCUCAAGAAUGUAUUGUAUGAGGCUUUUGGUGAAAAAGUCAAAGCCUUCUUCCAACAGCCUCAUGGAGUAGUUGAUCCUCCUUCUGUUCAAUCACCUCCUGCAACUGAAGAUCUACCUGUCAACCCACCUGCUCCAAGAACAACUACAAUUGUCAACAGGUUAGAAAAAGAACCAGAAGGAAGCAGAGCAAGAAUCACAAUCAAACAGGGCAAAAGAAUCAUAACUGCAAAUCAAAGCAAAGGCCUUUUAUUCAUGAAAAAUUCUAAUGAAAAUCGCAAAACAGGAGACCCUGUCUUGACAGUAACGGAUUUGAAGAAAAGAAAGUUUGGUGAUGAGUAUGGCGACAGGACAGGGCCCCUUUCCAUAACCCCUCUAAAGAUCCUAAUGCUUCAAAUUUCAAAAGAUUUCUGGACAUAUAGAAAAGAUGUCAUGGAAGCUGCUGCUAAAGAAUUCACUGCAAUGGUGGCCACGAUCAUAAAUGGAAGAUUGUGGAUGGGAUCGAUGGGGAGAUCAGAUCUGAGGUUGUUUGAGAAGCCUGCUGAGGAGCCAAAGGAGUGA